UUGCAAGUUCCAUACGAUAUGAAUUAGUCUUUGCGAAGACCUCUGUCACUUGUUUCUCAGAAACUUUUUUGUUAGGAGAAGCAUGGAGAACUCAGCUCAGGAUUCUCGAUCCAGAUCGGAGACCGCCGUCACCUACGAUUCUCCGUAUCCCCUCUACGCCAUGGCCUUCUCCUCCUCCCGCGGAGGCGGCGCUGCCGCCACGAACAGCCACCGCAUCGCCGUCGGAAGCUUCGUCGAGGACUACAACAACCGCGUCGACAUCCUCUCCUUCGAUUCCGAUGCCCUAACUGUGACUGCUUUCCCCAAUCUCUCCUUCGAGCAUCCUUAUCCUCCGACCAAGCUCAUGUUCAGUCCUCCCUCCCUCCGCCGCUCAUCCGCUGGCGAUCUGCUCGCCUCCUCCGGCGAUUUCCUCCGUCUUUGGGAGAUCCGCGAGGAUUCCUCCUCGGUGGAGCCCGUCUCCGUUCUCAACAACAGCAAGACGAGCGAGUUCUGCGCGCCGCUGACCUCCUUCGACUGGAACGAGGUUGAGCCGAAGCGGCUCGGGACUUGCAGCAUCGACACCACCUGCACGAUUUGGGACGUCGAGAAGUGCGCCGUGGAGACGCAGCUCAUCGCGCACGACAAGGAGGUCCACGACAUCGCCUGGGGCGAAGCUAGGGUUUUCGCCUCCGUCUCCGCCGAUGGAUCUGUCAGAAUCUUCGAUCUCCGCGACAAGGAACAUUCCACCAUCAUCUACGAGAGUCCGCAACCCGAUACGCCGCUUCUUAGACUCGCUUGGAACAAACAAGACCUGAGAUACAUGGCAACGAUUCUGAUGGAUUCCAACAAGGUUGUGAUUCUGGACAUUCGAUCUCCGACGAUGCCGGUGGCGGAGCUGGAACGGCACCAGGCAAGUGUGAACGCCAUAGCUUGGGCUCCACAGAGCUGCAAGCACAUCUGCUCGGCCGGGGAUGACACACAGGCGCUCAUAUGGGAGCUGCCGACAGUAGCUGGACCAAACGGCAUCGAUCCGAUGUCUGUUUACUCUGCUGGGUCGGAGAUUAACCAGUUGCAGUGGUCGGCUUCACAGCCCGAUUGGAUCGGCAUCGCCUUCUCUAACAAAAUGCAGUUGCUGAGGGUUUGAGGUAGAUGUGAAGAGAUGGAAGGGGGGGGUGUUGUUAGCUUAGGCGCAGUCAGUUCAGUUUGGUACCUUGAAAGUUAAAAAGACUAUUGAAUCUCCUCCUCCAUUGUGUAAAAAGAUGAUAAUAUGUACCUUUCAUUGAAUACUGAGAUUAUAAUCAUCCUCGUGAUGCUGACUAUGUAAUUCAGUGGUGUGUAGAUGAUUUAUAUAUUUAUUCGAUAAUAUUAGCUUUUCAUAUAUAA